AUGUUUGGAACAACGUUGGCCGGACGGCCAGUUAAGCUGGCUGAUCAAAUAGACACACUCAAAUAUGUCACAACAUAUGAAAAUAUCUCGGCUAACAGGAUAUCUCACCUUUCGAUAUUUCUUGUCCCCAAUGUACCUUUCGAUCCUAGUUACGGUGCAUUGAUAUACUAUCAGUUUCAAAAAGGCGGCGUGCCUUUAGCAGAUUUCCGGCUUCUGGGAGGCCUGGAUGCAAACAAGCAAAGUGCCAUAUUCAAGAUUAAUCCGGAAGCCUACACCAGCGGAGGGCAACAACAGUCAGUCGCAAAAGAAGGAGAUAUAGACAUGGACAUAGAGAUUGACCCUUCGGCGCCGCCCGUGGACACUACACUGGUUAUCGGUAUUUCCAUUGAGCCUUUGACAGUAGCUGCUGCUCAACUGGAGCAAUUGAAGUUGUCAAAAGCACCUCAAUUGUCCUUACCUGCUCCUCCUAGUCUAUCCAUCAACGACAUACCAUUGACCAAAGAACAAGUUGAGUCUGUUUCGAAUAAAAUCAUCAAGAACGCUUAUGAUUAUCUGAGCUCUUUUGUUGACUCUUCAAAUAAGGUUCCCAUUAAAAAAUUUGACGAUUGGUGGGCCAAGUUCAAAUCGAAAUUGGCGACCGAUCCUAAAUUCUUGGAUAAUUUAAAUUGA